UUAAAUUCUUCUCAUAUUUCUUCCCAUCCCACCCAGUGCUUCCUCGCUUCACUCCCAUUUGUUUUCUCUCCUUCCAUUCAUGGUGCGCCGCUUCAUGGCGUGUGUCUGUGGGGGGGAGGGGGGAGCUAUACCUGGGACUCACUCUAGCGGUCCCACUCACUCGGGGAGAUUAGGCUGCGGUAAUCUGGACGAAGGCGAGAGAGAGACAGCCAUCAGCAUGACUUCCGUCCCAAGUUGCCUCCUGUGGGCAUCCCACCUCCCCAGAACGUAAUUUCUUUUGAUUUUGUAUCUUCACAAAACUGAGGACAACACUUGGACAAUGUUUUUGAAAUCAAUUUUACUCCAAGGCAGCUAGAGUUCGGAUGUGUUAGUGGCAUCCAAGAAGCGUGCGCACCAGCACAGGACUAAGCUGUUGGGAAGCGCGCACGGGCUGGACGAGUGAGGAUGGAGAUCCGGCCGGACAGGUUUAAGGCUGCGGCUGCCAAAACUCUGGGCAAAAUAUAUGGGGCUCUGGAGAAGAAGCAGGAGAAUGGCGAGACCAUCGAGCUGUCGGCCGAGGGUCGGCCGGAGCUGGUGGAGGAGAAGGAGCUGCCGGUGGUGGACUGCACGUGCUUCGGCCUGCCCCGCCGCUACAUCAUCGCCAUCCUCUCCGGCAUCGGCUUCUGCAUCUCCUUCGGCAUCCGCUGCAACCUGGGCGUGGCCAUCGUCAGCAUGGUCAACAGCCACACCGUCUACAGGGACGACAAGGAGAUCAUCGUGAAAGCGCAGUUCGAUUGGGAUCCGGAGACGGUCGGAAUGAUCCACGGUUCCUUCUUCUGGGGUUACAUCGUGACGCAAAUUCCCGGAGGGUUCAUCUGUCAAAAGUUUGCCGCUAACAGGGUGUUUGGAUUUGCCAUUGUGGCCACUUCUUUCCUCAACAUGCUCAUCCCAUCGGCAGCUCGCAUGCACUUUGGCUGCGUCAUCAUUGUCAGGGUGUUUCAAGGCCUCGUGGAGGGGGUGUCCUACCCUGCCUGUCACGGCAUUUGGGCCAAAUGGGCGCCUCCACUCGAAAGAAGUCGCCUGGCUACGACAGCCUUUUGUGGUUCUUAUGCGGGUGCCGUGAUUGCUAUGCCAUUGGCUGGAAUCCUGGUCCAGUACUCAGGAUGGUCCUCAGUCUUCUAUGUCUACGGAAGUUUUGGUAUCAUGUGGUACUGCUUCUGGAUCAUGGUGUCUUACGAAAGUCCCGCCGCCCACCCCACCAUCACGGAGGAGGAGAGGAAAUACAUCGAGGAGAGCAUCGGCGAGUCGGCUCAACAUUCGGUGUCGAAAUUCAACACACCCUGGAGGGCCUUUUUCACAUCCAUGCCCGUGUACGCCAUCAUUGUGGCAAACUUCUGCAGGAGCUGGACCUUCUAUUUGCUCCUCAUCAGCCAGCCUGCCUACUUUGAGGAGGUGUUUGGCUUCGCGAUUAGCAAGGUGGGAAUAGUGUCAGCUCUUCCCCACCUGGUCAUGACCAUUAUUGUGCCAAUCGGAGGCCAGCUCGCCGACUACCUGCGUUGCAACCACAUCAUGACCACAACCAAUGUCAGAAAACUCAUGAACUGUGGCGGCUUUGGCAUGGAGGCCACGCUGCUGCUGGUGGUGGGCUUCUCACACACAAAGGGUAUGGCUAUCUCCUUCUUGGUUCUGGCCGUGGGAUUUUCAGGAUUUGCAAUAUCAGGAUUCAAUGUCAACCACUUGGACAUUGCUCCGCGCUAUGCCAGCAUCCUCAUGGGCAUCUCCAAUGGGGUGGGCACGCUGUCCGGUAUGGUUUGCCCGCUCAUAGUCGGUGCCAUGACGAAACAUAAGACGCGGGAAGAGUGGCAAGGUGUGUUUCUCAUCGCCUCUCUUGUUCAUUACGGAGGCGUUAUAUUUUAUGGCCUCUUUGCAUCCGGAGAGAAGCAAGCCUGGGCCGAGCCGGAGGAGCUGAACGACGAGAAGUGCGGCAUCCUGGACGAGGACGAGUUGGCCAACGAGACCGAUGAGCUGUACCGUACGAGUGGCGGCUACGGCGCCACCGACCAGGGGGCCGACCCCAACGGGGGUUCUGGAGGUGGCUGGGUGUCGGAUUGGGACAAAACAGAGGAGUAUGUGCAGCCGGCCGGAAGCAACAAUUACCUUUACGGCGGAGAUGAGGAGCUGACAUAAAGAGGAACCGUGCUGGUAAUGUUUACAGCAACUACAUCUUCUUCACUUGGUGGCAAGCGGAACUUUCAAAUGGUCUCUUCCACGUGGUUGAGGCCGACUGCACGCUGGACAUUAGUCAAUGUACGAUGUGUGUUUACGUGUGGUUGCAUCGUGUCUUAGGCCUUAGGAGGCCUGUGUUUAUCUAUUGUAGACGUUUCGAACUGAACAAACGGGAGGUGUGUUUUAUUUCUAUGCCUCAAGCAAUACAAAAAAAAAAGUCAAGUUGUUUCAACGAACGGCUGCGAGGAAUAAUAACAAAGGGGAUUGAUUUGCCUCCAUGUGCACAAUUUUAAGACAUCUUGUGCCAAUAUAGCGACAUUUAAUCAUAUAACCUGUUUGACAUUCUGGAUUUGUAGGUCUGAGUGCACUAUUAACUAUUAAAAGUUAGUUUUUACCAUUUUGCGCUUCAUUUGUUUUCCUUUAAGUUGCAAUAUGUAAUUAGAAGUCACUCGUCCUGCACAGCAAUGCAUUCCGAUGGGACCCUCUCAUUUCUCAUCUUUCCGCUUCUUUUCAGGUGUGGCCGGAAUAUGGGAUGGGUUUUAUCUGCUCCCGAGACAGCAAACUGAUCGACAAACUGAAGUGCAAGGACAUGGAUAUGCGGGGAGGGGGGGGGAUGGAUUUUGAUGGCACUUACGCUGCGGCUCAGCGUCUCACCUUACUGUCUUGCUCUGGGCAGCAAAAUCAAUGGGAU